UUAAUAUUCAUUACCAAAGCCAUGGCUUCUUGGACUACCUUCUUGUGCUUGGCUUUAACUCUUCUUUUCUACACCCAAUCUUCUCUUGGGAUGAUUACUUGUGAAGAUCUUGAUAAAAACUCUUGUGCUUUUGCUGUUUCAUCUUCUGGAUAUCGAUGUGUUCUUGAGAUGAAAUUAAAGAGGAGUGGGUAUGUUGAGCUUUUCUGUAGAACAUCAGACAUUGAGGCUGAAAAAGUGAAGAACUAUGUUGAGAAUGAUGAGUGUAUUAAGGCAUGUGGACUAGAUAGAAACACAGUAGGAAUCUCUUCAGAUUCUUUGUUGGAUUCUAGAUUCACUCAGAAGCUUUGCUCACCUGAUUGUUAUAAUACUUGCUCAAAUAUUGUUGAUCUCUACUUCAAUCUUGCAGCUGGUGAAGGUGCAUUUCUCCCAAAAUUAUGCGAGGUUCAAGAAACUAGUGUUCGUCGGGGAAUAGCAGAGAUUCGAAGCUCCGGCAUAGAAGCUGCAGGGCCAGUGUCUGUGUCUGGAAGAUCAGUUGCAUGGGCUCCUUCUACUCUUAUUAAGGAAGGUCUUGCUAGUGAACCUGCAGAGCCACCAUGCUAAUUUUUAUCACUUUAAAUUUCAACUUCUCUUCAAAGUUUGCUUGGUGUGCUGUUGUUGAUCUUGAUCUAUCUAUCUGUUUGUGUAUCUGUAAGAGUUGGUAAACUUUGAAAUUUUAUUAUAUGCAGUGGAUUAUAUAAAAUGUUACUUGAUUA